UGUUAGUGAGACGGCAUGAGUGAGUGUUGGGUAUAUUUGUCGUUCUUUCUCUCUACUUCCCUUUCUUGGCCGCGAACUAAGUGAACUGGUAGUUGAGUUUUUCCCUUCUUCAGUUUCUUCAUUCGUCUUCCCCCGAGAAGGGUAGAUAGAUUUGGACUACUGACCCUUCCAUCCCUUAAACAACCUAACCUACAACACCACCAUGUUUUUAAACGCGCAUAAGCUCUCGCUCUCUCCCCACAUCAGCACCAAAGCCAAGCCAACCCAUCUCUCUCUCUCUUUCUCUCAUGCGCGCACACACACAUCCCCAAGAAAACAGAGGCUGAGGCCAAAAACAAUAAACAAGCAAGCCUCACGCACAGACAUUCGCUCGCUGUCCUCACACUAUCCUAGAAGCAGCACAACCUCCGGACUUCUUUCCCAGCUCGCCAAGGAAAGAAAAGGAAAAGAGGGGGAAAGAAAGAACUUUUGAAUUGUAAAGUUCUUCUGUUUUUCUUGCUAGAAUGGCACCUAAGAAUGAUGAGUCAGCUAAAAAGGUUAUGAGCAAAGGGGCAUGGACAGCUGAAGAAGACAGCAAGCUCUCUCAGCACAUCGAAAUCCACGGUGCCAAGAGGUGGAAGACCAUUGCUGCCAAAUCAGGUCUGAACAGAUGUGGGAAGAGCUGUAGACUGAGAUGGUUGAAUUAUCUCAGACCCAAUAUCAAGAGAGGCAACAUAUCAGAUGAAGAAGAAGACUUGAUACUUAGGCUUCACAGGCUGCUUGGCAACAGGUGGUCGUUGAUUGCUGGGAGACUUCCAGGAAGAACUGACAAUGAAAUCAAGAACUACUGGAAUUCUCAUUUGAGCAAGAAAAUAAAUCAAAAAGAUAAUAGGCAAGAAGUUUCUACGGCACAGGAGACCACCUCGCAGCUCAGAACAAGGGUAGCGGCACCCAUGGAGGAAGAGGGUGCUAACAUCGUGGGGAGCUCGGAGCCCACUUUUGAUGUGAACGAGUUUUUUGACUUCUCCACCGAAGGAUCCUAUGGCCUUGAGUGGGUUAAUAAGUUCCUCGAGCUCGACGAGGAUCGAUGUCUCACCGAGAAGAGGUGAAACUAGGUAGAGAGAGAGGUCUGAUGACCGCUCCUCUUUGAAAAAUUACUAAAUCUGUCUAUAUAUAAUUAUAACAUCCAGACUUUGGAGCAGUAUCGGUAUUGGUGUCAAUGCUACUGACUAUGCAAUAAUUUUAUUCGGUUUUGAGCAGCGUGGCUCUGA